CCCAAAUUUCUGGGCUGCAACUAACGACACCAGAGGCAGUCGAGUGUUGCAACGGCCGGUACCGUUUGGAUGUUGGAUCGAGAACCUGAUUCUCGUCGCAACUGCAGUUCCGAGCUUUCAAAUAUCGGCAAUGGAAAUUGUCAUGCGUUCGGCAGCCUCACGCAUCUGCCGGAGAUGCUCACAGUCAUUGAAACCAGGACCUGGAGCUAGGGCGGUCUCUAGUAGGCCAUUAUCGCGACUUGCACUUCAGCGGCAAUCGAGACAGCUGCAGAACAGGCGCGCAUUUUCGUUAUUCGGCGGCUCGCAACCCCGGGUCGCUGAAGAGAAUUCCACUCAGUUUGGCUCAGCUGCACCACCAACUGAGACUCCCAGUGCUCCCGUCUUGCGUUCCGAUGAUCUGUUCCACCCGUACACGAGCUCGCCGAUUCCCGAAAUCCGCCGGCGUGCUGCCUACAUAAGACAACAUGCGCUCUGCCCUCAUUCAGACCACCGUCCUACCCGACUAUCCGUAAACCCGGACACUUCGGAGCCGGCAAUAUCGGGAAGCCAGCCACCCGCCCAUGUCGACUUUGAGUGUCCCGAUUGUGGAGUCCCAGUUUACUGCAGCGAGAAACACUGGGCAGAGGAUUAUGAAGCCCACUUGCAAAUAUGCGACACUCUGCGACAGAUCAACGAAGAUGACCAUGACCUAAGAUCUGGCAGGUUCUUCCCCGAGUUCGAAUACGCCGGGCCUCAAAUGGAGGAAGCCAUGGUCAACAUGACCAACUGGGAUACCUUUUUAUACACUCGAGACUUCGAGGCAAUCAACAACGACCAGAACAUGCGUCAGGUGACCCGGCUGCUGACAUAUCCAUUGACCAUUGGGAGCGUGCUGCAUGAGUUGAGUCCCUACAACAUCAGGAAAGGCGGACGUCUUACCGCAGAAGGUUUGAAGAGCUUGAGCGCACUACGCUAUACUCUACAUCCCCCGAGAACAGGUGGUGGAACGGAUAUCAAGGGACUACGACCUGAGGCACCUCCAGUCAGAAUAUUCAUUUUGGGAGCUCGAGCUGAGUCUUCCCUGCCGAGGAAUGUCUGGGUCCAGCUUGCCCACCUCUUCCCCCGAGGAAAAUUUCAUCUCGUUUUCAUUGGGCCUGAGAGUAUGACAAACCGUGACGAUGAGUUCCCGCUGCCGCCGCGGACCCCAUCGAAUCCCUUUGGUGCCAUCAUUGAGGAUCGAGUAUGGCCGACGAUGAAGAUAAGCACAAUCGUGGAUUACUACCAUACAAUCCACAAGACCGGGUACUUCUAUCCGUACGACCCGUACUUUGAUUGCUUUGUGCUAUUCCACCCCGGUCUGGGCCAUCCCGCCAGCUCUCACGAGUGGGCGGAGACGGUGCCCCAAUUGUUGGAAACGAAGGCACCGAUCUUGGUGACAGGAUAUACUCAAUACGACAUGGAGAGGGAUAUUGACUGGGUCAAUAAGACGUGUCAGGGAGAGUUCGACAUCCUCAUGGAGCCAGGCGAGAACAUCUUCCGAAGCCAAAGAUGGGAUUUAAAUGAUCUUGAUCCACAAGACAUCACCUGUGGAAACUGGGGCGUGUGGGCAAUGCGUGGAAAGAGAUAUGAGGCCACGCACAAAAACAUGGAAUAAGGGGUGCUGGAUUGUAUGCCAAGUCUGGAGAUUUCGGGUUGCACAAGGGGAUUGUUGUAAAUAUGUGCCUGAACUCCAGUUUAGACUGUAUACUAUGUAUAGGUGUACAUCUCUACAGUGUACCAAAAUCAUACCCAUAGUCCAUCACAUCCAAGCCGUAAGACUAUGCCCAUAACCUGCAUGAGAAGCAGUCAUCCGGAUACACAUCGACAGACAUGGCGCUUUCGCCUGAAUCAUAUAAUACUCAAGAGAGGCAAGACUUGUAGGUCUCUAUGGUGGAUUUGUUUACGAGCUACUCCAGUGGCUUUUAUUUAUAUCAAUGCAAUGAAUGAGGCUCAAUCGCAAGAGCAUGAGACGAAAUCAACGCAAGGGCUCCCUGGUAAGGUCUGUAAGUACACACGUGCCUUUCCUCGGUACGUUCCGUGGGCUGCAGCUUCCGCCGCCAAAAUCGACGCUAGUGACGUUGAACCCCCCAAUUCGUGCAAUCAAG